AUGAUCUUCGACAUCGAUCGGGAACGAUCGCUUCCUCACACAGUGCCGUCUUUCUCCACGCCGGCCAAAAUCCCUGUAAAUUCUGAAAGGGCGACUGACGAUAAGAGGGGCUUCUUGUCUCCCCUUCUCCUGGGCCUCGCUCCGAACAGGGGAGGCUGGCUUCGGGAGCUAGGUCUCCUGGAAUUUGUUGCGCACACAUACGGCGAGGACAACGACGGUGACCCUAGAUAG